UGCGUUGGUUGAAGUCAAAUUGUGAAGACUGUAUACUGUAUACGGUAUAUCUAAUUUGUCUAUGAACAGGUUGGAGCGCAUGACUGAGGAGUUGUCAAUAAAUCUGCGCGUGAAUGGUGAGGGCUGGGUGUGACUGAGGCCAGGCUGCCGUCUGUGAGUCCCUAGCUAGAGAUGGACAUCGAGGUGGACAUCCAGGAGGAGGACAUGGAGGGCUCGUGGACCUUGCUGUCGUGGCUGGCAUCCUGUGUGAUGGUGUUUGGAGGGGCCCUGCCUUACGUGCCUCAGUACCAGGAGAUCCAGAGGAGCAGCAACACUGAGGGAUUCUCCACCCGUGUUUGCCUGCUGCUGCUCAUCGCCAACAUCCUUCGCAUAUUCUUCUGGAUAGGGAAGCAGUUUGAACUGACUCUGCUCCUCCAGAGUGUGGUGAUGAUCAUCACCAUGCUAUCUAUGCUCCACCUCUGCUGCAACAUCCAGCAAGCCAAUCGGGUCAGCACCAACCAGCACCACUUCACAGAUCUGGACCUGCGCUACUUCUGGAGCUGGAGUGCGUUUGAGGACUACCUGCUAUUCUGUUUUGCCUUCACGGUGCUGUGUGCCUUCCUCACCCUUCUCCUGCUGGACUCUGUGCUGUUCGUGGAGGGCCUGGGCUCCCUGGCCGUGCUGUUUGAGGCCAUGCUGGGGGUGCCACAGCUUCUGCAGAACUUCCACAACCACUCCACCCGCGGCAUGAGUGUGAAGAUGGUGCUGCUGUGGACUGUUGGAGACAUUUUCAAGACGACGUACUUCGUGAUGAACCACAGCCCGUCCCAGUUCUGGGUGUGUGGGGCAGUCCAGAUCCUCAUAGACAUGGCCAUCCUGCUGCAGGUGCUCUUUUACGGCCAGGACAUCAGGGUCAAACUGGGAUGACCCUAUGGCCUUAUCAUCCUCCAAUACAUCAAUGCUCUUAAUCAAAGACUUAUACCUAAACUUGUGUGCCUUACCAUGUAUUUUUUUAAAGAUAUUAGAUGGAGAAUGCCAGAGAGGUAUUGUGUAUGUUUUACUAUUUGAUGCCAGUCAUUUGUGUCUUCAUAGGUCAUUUGCUUUGCUAGUUACUGAAGGACAGUGUGUGUCCAUCAGUCAAUCUCUACCGGCUCCACAGGCAGCUUGAACGACAUGACGGGCUACUCUGACUGAUGACUCCUUCACUAUGUACCUCAGUGUGUUUUUAAGAUUAAAUAUAGACAUAUGUAUGUGUGUCCGUGUGUGUGCGUUUCAGCAUGAAUUGAUGUUAGCCAUCGGCAUUCUCCAGUGCCACAGGGGCGCAGCGGUCUAAGGCACUGCAUCGCAGUGCUAGAGGCGUCACUACAGACCGGGUUCGAUCCCAGGCUGUA